AUGGCGUCUCAACUCGAACCUUUCUACAAGCUCAAAUGCUCAUGUAACCAAUAUUCCUGGGGCAAACCUGGUUCCGAGAGCAUCUCUGCCCGACUAUGCGCGAAACAAGUAGGCUACGACAACCAGGAGAAACUGGGCGAUUUCAAGAUCGACGAGAAGACCUCCUAUGCCGAGAUGUGGAUGGGCACAUACCCAGUACUACCUUCCUACGUUGCAGAAAGCGGCGAGAUGCUGCAGGAUCUGAUAGACAAGCACCCAGACCAGCUGAUGGGCAAGGCGGUGCAAGAGAAGUUCGGGCAUACCAACCUACAGUUCUUGCCCAAAGUGUUGUCGAUAGCGAAGGCGCUGCCAUUACAAUUACAUCCCAACAAGGACCUGGCCGCGAAGUUACACAAGGAGAACCCUGAUCAUUUCACAGAUCCCAACCACAAGCCUGAGAUCGCCUUGGCUUUGGGCGAGUUCGAGGCUUUCUGCGGUUUCAAGGAACUGGCACAAAUCGAGAAGCUCAUGCAGAUUGACGCCUUGAAGACAUACCUUCCUUCCAAUUCCGAUGGCCGGGAGUUCGACGAUCAGGUGUUGAAAGGCAUUGUUGGCAACAUGCUGCACGCGGACGACCAUAGAGUGAAGGAGACAUACAGUGCUCUGACUUCUCUUUCCGAGGACCAAUUUGCAGGCGACACCUACAUUCCAAAGCUGGCUCCUCGUCUGGCGGAACAAUACUCGGAAUCUGACCCCGGUCUUCUUGUAGCUCUAAUCACCAUGAACUACCUCGUCUUGCAAGCCGGCGAGAGCAUAUAUAUUCCCGCCGAUGGCAUCCACGCCUACCUCAGCGGCGACAUUAUCGAAUGCAUGGCUCGAUCAGACAAUGUGCUAAACACCGGCUUCUGUCCGAGAGCAGACAGGGAUAAUGUGGAUCUGUUCACCUCUUGUCUGACUUUUGCUCCACAUAAUGCUGAGGAGUGCAAGCUCAAGAGGGAGACGUACGAGAAGAGUAAGAAUGGCAAGACUGUGCUUUUCGCUCCUCCGUUGAGCGAGUUUGAUGCCCUGGAAACGAACCUCAAGGGUGGCGAUAAGGAAGAGCUGGGUGCGAUCAACGGUCCAGCGAUCUUGCUGGCGACCAAGGGCGGUGGGACGAUGAAGGCGAGGGGUAAGACUGUAGGAUUGCAUGAGGGAGCUUGUUACUUCGUGGCCCAGGGUGUCGAGCUCCAGCUGGAGGGCGGCAAGGAGGGUUUGCUUAUGCACACCUUCUUCGUCGAGUAG